UGAUUUUUUUUUCUGCUCACGUCACCCGCCGUAGCAUGGCUGAUGCGGGUGCAGGAUUGCAACAUAAACAAUAUAAUAUAUAAGCAAUAUCAGUUUGUCGGCUUUGUUUAGCAAAAAAUCAUCAAACGCGGCAUGGCAAGACUUUCGCCGACGGUAUGGGGGCUUAAGGUCCUCGGGUACCCGGGCAGUGCCUGCUUGGAGAGAUGCACAUGUGACGAGCUGCCUUGCCCCCUUCUCACAUGGCUGGUCACAGAGCUUAGGGCCACAUGUUUGGAAAUGCAGGAUGGUGACAGACAAGAUUCAAAGGUGAAUACCAUCUUGGUGGGGGAGUUGAGGGAUAUCUUGACAAAGCUGCACUGUCCCUAUGCAGGCCUGACUACUGAGACCUUAAGCUCAGUACUUCUCAACAACCUCAUUGAGUUUUUGGUAACAGAGCUCCUUGCGGUGAGAAUACUCCAGUUUAAAGAUGCUCACCCCGAGGAACAGAAACAGGAUGAGAAUGAGAAGGAUCGGAGAGAGGAGUGGGGUAAAAACCUGGACCUUGAGGAAGGAGAACAAGAAGCUGAAGGUGGAAAAAAGAAUGAGAGAGAGUGUAAUGAGCUGGAAUAUGAGUUUUCAGAGCUGUUGAAGGCUCUGGAUUUGGAUGCUUCCUCUCAGCUGAGUGAUGUAUACGCUCAGGUGGAGUCGCAUCUUGCGAUGUUGCCAGAUGGUGUCCUACCUGGGCCUCUUCUGAAAACACCACUAAGUCCUGAGCAAUGGUCCAGCAUCCAGAAGAUUAGUCAGGUCCUUAUUGGGGACUAUGAAUGUCGGAUGCAAAUGGUGAUCAAGCGCUUUGAGGUCACGAGACAGUCCUUCACCUGGGGAGAGAGGGGGCAGGAGCGUCUUGCAGUGGUUUCCAGCAUGCUGUUACCUGCUCCCCCUCCUGCAAGGUCCUGCAUCUCUUUGUCAUCCCUCCUGGCAGCCAGAGAAGACCAGUCAUACAUCCUUCCAGUGAAAGCAGGACAUAGCACUGCCAUUCACAAGGUGCUGAUGGGGACAGUCCCAGACAGGGGAGGGCGCCCUGGAGAGAUUGAGCCCCCUAUGCCUAUCUGGGAGGGCCGUCGUGAAGGUGGAGCAGGUGGGCAUCAGCGUCGCUGGACGAAAAGGAAGAGAAAGAAACGAUGAAGCAGGGAAGAAUGUCAGUGAGUCGCACAUUGCUGACUCAGAGGCUAAUUGGGCAUAUGUCACAAAAUGAGAAAGGAUAUUAUCAUUGUACUAUUUGAUAACAUUCAAGAUCACAAGAAUCUGAUAUGCUCUGUGCUAGUGGAUCUGGAGUCAUUCUUAAUUUGACAGUAUUGGAAAAAAAUCUUUUUCCUGUUUGUCUAUAAAUUUAAUGGUUAUUGUGGCACCAAAGACUUUAAAUCAUGAAUAUAGCCCAAAACGGUGCAGUCCUUGGUGAAUGUAAAAUAUCCGCCAGCUUCUGCAUUUCAGAAUUGUGUGUGUCUGGGGAGAUUGAAAUGAAUUAGAAUUCAUUUUGAAACGCUUGUUUAUUUAACUUAGAUUACAACUAUGCAUUUGUAGCAUCUAUUUUCAUUAAACAUUUGGUUGGAUUA